AUGCUGAGUGAAUCCUGGCAGGCGGAAAGAGAAUUCACUAACAAUCCUUUCCUUUCUGUUCCUCUGCCAGGCUGGGACCAUGCGACUCUCCACUUUCUUCCUGCUGGUGGCAGCCUUCAGGUCUGCCCAGUCCCUCUGCUCCUGGCAUGGGAUUUACCUGUCCUGGAGAAACAGAACCUGAGUCAGCCUCCAGCCGUGCCAGCGGGUGUGGUGUACCUCAACCUCAACUGGAACAACAUCAACUACAUUGAGAGGAACUCCUUCUCCUGGACAGACGAGCUCCGCACCCUGACAAUCGGGAAACAGGACAGUAGGUGGAUGGAAGUGGGGCCCAGCGCCUUUGGGAAUCUGCCUGAUCUGACAUUCCUAGACUUAGGAGGCAACAUUCAACUGCAGUUGGACCUGGAGGCGUUCACUGGCCUGGGACAACUGCAGACUUUGCUGCUGGACUAUAACGGUCUGAAGGACUCGGUCUUACAAAACGGGUACUUCAGACACUUAACUUCAUUGCACACUUUGGUUCUGGAAGGCAACCGGUUACAACACAUCAGACCAGACCCAACCUUCUCCAACCUCCGGGCACUGCAGAAUGUUGACUUCAGUUUCAAUCAGAUCCAGCAGAUUUGCAAGGAAGACCUGAAAAGAAAGAAUGUUCAACACAGGCCUUUCAGAAUGUUUGAUAUAUCCUGGAACCGUCCUUUGUAUGCAAGUAAAUCCCUCAGCUGGGAGAGGUGUGGUAACCCCUUCUCCAACAUCUUCCUAUACACUCUGGACAUAUCGGGCAUUCCUCUGAGCAUUCAACAGCUGGAGAAGAUGUUUCUGGCAAUGAGGGGAACCCUCAUCAUCGAGCUGAGAAUGGGACAUUUGUCCAUCGGGGCAUCAUUCGGUUGCAACAACUUACCCGAUCCCAACAACCAAACAUUUUCAGGGCUCGCCGAGAGUUCUGUCAUGAUCUUGAAUCUCCACCAGACAUACAUCUUCUCCCUGCAGCCCCAUGUCUUCUCACACUUCCCUGACCUAAAGAUCCUCUCCUUACCUCACAACCGCAUCAACCUCAUACAGAAAAAUGCCUUCUUCGGCCUGGAAAAUCUACUGACGCUGAACAUUCCCUACAACUUGUUGGGUGAGAUCUACUCAUGGACAAUUGAGGGUCUGCAGAAUGUUUCCUACAUUGACCUACGACACAACCACAUUGGGGCCAUCCAGUUUGGUUCCUUUGAAGGACUCACUCAGCUUGUCACUUUAGACCUUCGGGAGAACUCUCUUUCCCGUCUCCCAGCCUCCAAGCCAUUGCCUGGCUUGCAGUACCUCCUCUUAGGAUAUAACCGACUAGAAGAGGUGUAUGGGAUGGGGAACAUGGACAACAUCACCUUUCUCGAUCUUUCUAACAACGCGUUUGAGAACUUGCAGGUGUUUUACGAGAUUAUGAAGCAGCCCACAGUGACUCAACUUCUGCUAAGGAACAACCGCUUAUCCGUGUGCACCAUCGCACCUACCAACACCAUACCGAAAAGCAACCACCUCCGUCACCUCGACCUUUCCGGUAACUUCCUCCAACUAACGUGGGCAGCCGGCGAGUGCUGGGAUGUGUUCCACAACCUCUCCAACCUGACGGAGUUACUUCUCCAGCGGAACUAUCUUGCUAAGCUGCCCCAAGGCGUCUUCAGUGGCUUAGUCUCCCUGAAGAGGCUUAACCUGUCCCUGAACUCACUGACCCAGCUCAGCCACGACCUCUUCCCCAGCAACCUCGAGAUCCUGGACCUGUCCAGCAAUCGCCUGACUUCACCCGACCCAGUCACCUUUAGCUUCGUCAGGCGUCUGGACCUGAGGAACAACCAGUACAUCUGUGAUUGCAGCCUCAACCGCUUUGUCCUCUGGCUGAACCGCACUGAGGUGGAGUUGGUGGAACCCCUGACCCAAAUGGUUUGCGCCUUCCCGAAAGGGCUCAAGGACGUACCUCUUCUCUCACUCACGCCAGGCUGCGGGAUGGAGGAGACGCAGUUUGCCCUGUUUGUCACCGUGACCACACUCCUGGUGAUUUUUCUCACCUCUGUUCUUCUCUACACUCACUGCUGGUCCUUGAUCCUCCUGUGCUACAGGGCUGCUACCAGGACUGUCCUGGAAGGAGGCAAGACAGGGACAGACAGGUUGGGCUACAGGUUUGAUGCCUACCUCUGCUUCAGCAGCCAGGACCUGGAAUGGGUGAAAGACAGUCUGCUCUUGAAUCUAGAGGAGAACCGGUUACAACUGUGCAUCGAGGAGCGGGAUUUCAUUCCUGGGGAAGACCACAUUACCAACAUACGGGAGGCCAUAUGGGGCAGUAGGAAGACAGUGUGUGUGGUCACCAGGUGUUUCUUGAAGGAUGGCUGGUGCCUGGAGGCAUUCAACAUUGCCCAGAGCCGCCUCUACCAUGAGUUGAAAGACGUUGUGGUCCUGCUAGUGGUGGGUUCCCUGAGGGACUACCAGCUCCGGAAGUACAAGCCCCUACGGUCCUAUCUGCAGAGCAGAGGGUACCUGCGCUGGCCGGCCAAGCCCUAUGACCAAUACUGGCUCCUGCAGAGGCUGGUUGACAAGAUCCGGCAGGACCCCAAGCAGAGAAGGGUCAGAGCCAGGAGGAAAACAUUUCUGGGCCUCCUCCCCUAG